UUCGACAUAACCUACAUAAUUUCAGUUUAAAAAUUCAAAAUUUGUCUCGUAUGCAAUCAAAUCUAGAAAAUGUCUCGUUAUGCGCCUCCGCCUGAUUAUAGUGACAAUAGUGAUGGUUUUUCUGAUGACGGGGACUUUGUAAAUUAUCAAGAAAGAAUCCAAAAUCACAAAGAUGCAGAGAUUAAAUUAUCUCCAGAAGAAUUGGAGAAAAAGAAUAGGGAAAUCGCCAUAAAUUCGCUGUUUAAUGGUGUUUGUUAUGGGAAUCUGAAUACUGUGAUAGAGGAGCUUGAUAAAGGAAUUGAAGUAGACAUAGAUUUAAACUCAGGAUGGACAGCUCUUUUAUUGGCUUGUUCUUAUGGUCAUACGAGUAUUGCAAAAGAAAUUAUACACAGAGGUGCCAAUGUUAAUUCACAUAGAGAUGGAUUUUCUGCCUUGAUGAUGGCAUGUAAUUGCCCACCUUACACAGCCACCUAUGAAAACACUUUGGAAAUUAUUAAACUAUUGGUUGAGAAAGGAGCAAAUCCAAAACUGACAGAUAGAAAAAGAAUGAGUGCCAUAAUGUUUGCAAGUGGCAAUGGACAUCUGGAGGCUGUCAAAUUUUUGUACCCUCUAUCAGAAAACGAGAUUAGAGACAACCAGGGAUGGACUGCUUUAUUUUGGGCUAUCAAUUCAAACCAUGUCAAUGUAGUUGAAUAUUUAUGGGAUGAGGGGGUUGACUUCACAAAAGCUGAUAUCAGAGGCCAUACCCCCUUAGAUUUGGCGAAAUUGAAUGAUUUCCAGGAUAUUGUUAAAAUAUUUGCUGUGGAUGAGGAUAUUUAUGUUAAUUAUUUUGACUCAAGUAAUUCCAGCAAUCUUCUGGAUGUCAGUGAUAUCAAAAAGCCAAAAUUUUUCAACGAUAUAUGCAAUAUUCUCUUUGCACUUAGAAGUGAGAAUGUUAUAAAGCAUUUCCAUGACAAAAAUAUUUCUCUGGUUGAUUUUUUGUCUUCAAAUGAUGAUGAUUUAAAAAAUUUAGGUAUAUUAAUGCCUUACCAAAGGAGGAAAAUACUUAAUGGACUUUAUAAAUUCCAUAAACACCCAUAUCAUCCCAAGUCACUAUUGGUAGUCAAACUAAAGGAUAUUUACACUAAUAUAGAUGUAGCAACUCAGGUAGUUGCCUCCAUUAAACAGUUCAUAGCUAUGGAAGCAAGCUUAAACUACAUUCUAAAAAACUCAAACAAUUUAGACAAAAAAGACAUUCAAAAUAUUAAAAACAGUGUUGCCAAAAUAAGAAGAGAAAUUAAUUCAAACCAAAUAAUAGCGAAAGGUUUUUUAUCAAGAGCUGAAGAUUGGGAUAGUAAAACUCAACCUGCAGAUCUAAUAACAAAAAAAUCCACUCAUUACAUUUUUCCUUGGAGAAAAUUGGUUUUUUUAACUACUUUAAGUUCCUUAAUUGCAUAUAGAUAUAUUUUAAGACAUAAACUAACUUAAUUAUAUUGUAUGCAUUUAUACAGAAUGUUGUUACUUAAUAAGAUAAUUUAGGAAGAUUUGUUAUUUUUUUUACAAUUAAAAGUGAUUAUCUGCAUUUUUAAGAAUAACAUGAUAAUU